UUAAGUGAAACGAAAUCAAAUCAAACUGCAUUCAACCCAACUCCGCGCACUAAGUGAUACUCGAGCCAUGGCGCUGCCUUGCCAAAUUUUGUAAAAUAUAUUAAAAACACCAUAAAAACCAUACACAUAUUCAAAUAUUACAAAUCAACAAAUAUCAUAAAACAUAAUUAUCAAAAUGCGGAAACUCUUGUAUGUGCUGUUAGGCCUUAUCGGGAUCUCAAUAUUCGACCGCUUGGAAGCAUUGCCACGUCCUCAAAAUGACUUUGAGGAUAAUGAUAUACUCUACAAUUGUGGCGGCGAAAUGGGCGUGCCGCUUAUAACGCCCUGCAAGGACUCUCUCAAGCUGGAUGCGGGCACCUCGUACACGCUGCAGUGCGAGGCCAGUGAGCCCAUCGAUUGGUGGCAUGGCCACUAUGGACACAAGCUGAGCGAGACAUUCGACAACCUUGGGGAUCCACAGCGUCCCUAUGGCAUUAGGCUGACGCUGGACGAGGUGAGCGUUGAAAAUGUGGGUGCCUAUUACUGCAUCAAAAGCUCGCUGGGUCUGGAUCCGAACAACUGGACCGAGGAGACGCUGAUCGAGCUGGUCAACAACAAUGAGGCCAGCACCAUCUAUGUGUUUGUGAAUGACAAAAGCAAUUUGCUGGCGCCGCUGGAGCCCAUCAUCCAAGCGCGACAAUACUCCGAAGUGAUAAUACCCUGUAAACCGGCCAUGCCCGAGACGGAGGUGCUGCUGACAUUUAACAGUGAUACAUUUUCCAGUGAGACAGCCGCUCGAUAUGAUCCGAAACGCGGCUUUGUUAUCGAAAUACGCAGCGUUACCGAUGGCGGUGAAUAUUACUGCGAGCCCAAAAUACCCUCGCCGGAUAAUGAAGAGGAAAGCACGAUCAUAGUUGUGCGCUUUAUUGCAUUCGGAUUGGAUGAUAAUACUUUGGUGCCGUCUAUGAUGUUAACUAACAUAACGCACGAUGAAUUUAAGGUUAUGGUUAUCGCUGGUGAAUCUAUCAAUGUUACUAACAGUGUAAAUGAUACCGUUGCACUAAUAAUCUCUGGUGCUGGGCAUGUUGCAAACGCUAUCGAUAACGUGAUCGAUAACGAUAUCGAUAGCGAUAACUAUACCGAUAACGUAACCACCGAGACCCAAGACCCAGAAACUGACUACUCAUCCUCGUUAUCAUCAUCCUCGUCCUUCUCGCCAUCGUCGUCUUCUUCGCCGCGUCGUCCAAAGCGCAGCCCCACGAAGUUGGCCCCGAUGCAACCCUUGCCCUCAAGGCAACCAAAAGGGCAAGCGACCGAUCGCCUCAACAAGCCCAACAUAAACUCAACAUCGCGUGGCCAUGUCUACGAGGGACAAACAUUCCAGCUAGUCUGCGAGCUGUCCGCACCGUACGGCGUUUCCUACGACAUGCACUGGCUUGUUCCGGACAAGGUGGACAAGUUUCGAUACAACUAUACCGAGGCGCUGUUCGACGAGCGAGCCAAGAAUACCACCCACCGGGUGGGUCGCAGCAAGCUGACCGUGACAGAUGCCAGGUUGACCGACAAAGGAGCCUACAAGUGUGUCGUGAGUGACUCGUUUAGGAAUAUGGAGUACGCUUCCUACAGGAUGCAUGUUAUGCAGCCCAACUCGAGCUAUCUGAAGGUGUCAGAGCCCUCGAAUCACUAUACGGUGCACGAGCAUGUCAACCGUACUAUACAGAUGACGGCCAACUUUGAGGGCUUUCCGCAGCCCACCUUCAAGUGGUACAAGCCCAACGGCAUUGAGGUCUGGGACACCGAACAGAACUUUCAGAUACUUGCCACCGAGACCAGCACAACGUUGAAAAUCCAGAAUGCCCAGCUGGAGGACAGCGGCAGCUAUGUGCUCAAGGGCACCAAUGGCAUUGAUGUCAAGCAGCUGAGCUUCAAUGUGAGCGUCAUUUCGGGACCUGUUCUCAGCAUGGAUGAUGUCUAUGUGGUCGCCGGCCAGGAAGCCCAUCUCAAUUGCAGUGUCAAGUCGUUUCCUCAGGCUGUUGUCACAUUCCUAUUCAAGCCCUGUAGCCUCAAGCCGCGCUGGCCCUCGUGUGAGCUUGCCUCGCAAAACUUCAGUUCGGAAACAGUUCAGGAAGAAUAUCAGUAUAAGACCAAGACGCGUCCCGGACUGUUAAGCGUAGAGUCGAUACACGAGGCCAUUUUUACGCCCGAUAAGCCUGGAAUUAUUAUUUGUGUGGCGCAAAAUCAGAUCGACAAUAAGCUGGUUACAUCACAGACCAGGGCACACGUCCUUUUGGGCACAAUUGCCGAGAACAUUAGCAUAUCCGGCCUGGAUCCAAAUCGCAAGAUAGCCAAAGGUGAUCAGGAGAGCUUCACUUGCGCCGCCUUGGCAUAUCAUUUCGAUGGAAAUCUGGAAUGGUAUCUCGACGGCGAACUAAUCAGCGAGGGUCCAGAUGUUGAGCUAGAGACGAACAGCACGGAAUAUUCCUACACGAAGACCCUCAAGUUCCAUGCCAUUGCUGACAAGGAUCGCGGCACCUACGAAUGCCGUGCCCGGUACAUCAAUGACCCGGACAAGUACGAUAGUCGCGAGAUUACAGUCUAUGUCCACGAUCCAAAGGCACCACAAUGGUCCUACACGAAUCUCAAUGCCAAAUCGAAAAUCGAACGCAACUUGGGUGACUCGCUGAUACUGGAGUGCAAAUCGAAGGCUGUGCCGCAGGCGAAGGUGAGCUGGUACAAGGACGAUGUGGAGCUGUUCGAGACGAAUCGCACACACCUUGUGGAGGACGGCACCAAGCUGUUGAUACCCCAUCUCUAUCCCAAACACGAUGGCAUCUAUCGCUGUGUGGUCGCCAAUCGCCUGGGCAGCAUCGAGAACUCCGUGACCGUGGUGAUUGCCAAUAUUCCGGGCGUGAGCAAGUUAUGGAUUUGGGUGGGCGCCAUCUUUUUCGGCGUACUGAUUGCACUCUGCGCCUUUCUGGCCGUACGCUAUCGGGAGGAGCGCAAAAAUCAUUUGGCCUUAAAGGCCGCGGGACUGGCCAACUUUGUGGAGGGCGAUGUGGAGCAAAUCAAUCCGGCGCUGUCACUGGACGAGCAAGCCGAACUGCUGCCCUACAAUCGUGAAUUCGAGUUUCCGCGCGACAAACUGAAGCUGGGCAAGCAGCUAGGCGCCGGCGCCUUCGGUGUGGUCCUCAAGGGCGAGGCCGAGGGCAUACGCAGCGAUGAGCCCGUCAGCACCGUGGCUGUUAAAAUGGUUAAACGCACCGCCGACGCGGAAGUGGUGCGCGCCCUGGUCUCCGAGCUGAAAAUCAUGGUGCAUCUGGGACAGCAUCUGAAUGUUGUAAAUCUAUUGGGCGCUGUUACCAAGAAUAUAGCAAAGCGCGAAUUGAUGGUCAUUGUGGAAUAUUGUCGCUUUGGCAAUAUACAGAACUUUUUGUUGCGCAAUCGCAAGUGUUUUAUCAAUCAGAUAAAUCCCAUAAAUGACCGCAUUGAUCCCAGCAUCAUGACGCAACGUAUUUCGGACAACUUUGAUUUGCAUCGUGAUGGUGGUGGCUUGAAAUAUGUUAACGUCGGUUUCCCGAACCAUCCAUAUAUCAAUCACGUAAACAACAACUAUACGCACACUCAUCGCAGAAACUCCGACAAUGAUCCACGGUCGGGCACUCGUGCCGGCCGCACCGUAACCGGCGGCAGCACCUACGAUCGUCAGCUGGACACCUGCGCCACAGAGGCAACCGUGAUGACCACAGUGCCAGAGGAUGAGCAUAUCAUGUCCAACAACUCGAUACAACCCGCCUGGCGUUCCAACUACAAGACAGACUCCACCGAGGCGAUGACCGUGACCACCACCGACCUGUUCAGUUGGGCCUUUCAAGUGGCGCGCGGCAUGUAUUACCUAUCCUCGAAGAAGGUACUACACGGCGAUCUCGCAGCCCGUAACAUACUGCUCUGUGAGGACAAUGUUGUGAAGAUCUGUGACUUUGGUCUGGCACGUUCCAUGUACCGUGGCGAUAACUACAAGAAGUCCGAGAGCGGCAAGCUGCCCAUCAAAUGGCUGGCGCUGGAAUCCCUGAGCGAUCAUGUGUUCAGCACCUACAGCGAUGUCUGGUCCUUUGGCAUUGUGCUCUGGGAGCUAUUUUCGCUGGCCAAGGUGCCCUAUCCGGGCAUAGAUCCCAAUCAGGAGCUGUUCAACAAGCUAAACGACGGCUAUCGCAUGGAAAAGCCGCCAUAUGCCAAUCAGGAAGUCUAUGAGAUAAUGCUCGAGUGCUGGAGGAAGAAUCCCGAGAGCAGACCUUUGUUCAAUGUGCUGGAGCGACGCUUUGCCAACAUUUUGGGCGAGGAUGUGGCCAAUCACUAUCUGGAUUUGAACGAUCCGUACAUGCGCUCGAACACGGAGUACAUGAAGAAUCGGCCCACGGACUAUUUAUCGCUAAUGGGCUCGCCGGAUGAGUUUGCACCAGCGGCGCCGCGCUAUGUCAAUGGGCAUAUAGUGCCCGAUAUACGAAUCGAAGCAUCACCCGAUGAUUACCUACAAAUGAAUGCCGAGAACAGCACCGCCAUAUUUUCACCCACGCGUCCCAAGGGCGACGCGAAUCAAAGCACAGAAUUUGCCGAUUUGCCAGCCAUAGAAACAAACGAAACCUCUUUCACGUUCCCAGAUACGCGCACCGUCGUGGGCCAGCAUUCGCCAACGCUGGCCAACAAUAUGGACAGCAGCGCACACAAGCCGAUGCGCCGGAAGAACGGCAUGCCCACCGUGGAUGCAGCGGAUCAGGCGCCCGAGGAGAUACCCAUGCUGCAUCGCACCUCCACAUCGGAUGGUGAACGCAGUCCCGAGCAGGCGCGCCGCUUUCCUCAGGCGCUGAAGCAGCAAUAUGUUACGCCCACGCCCUCGCCACGCCAUCACAUCGAGACGACGCUCAACGGGAGCAGCGAGAACUAUGUGAAUGUGAAGCCGCCGCGUAAGAAUCUUGUCAACAAAUCUGCGCCCGGUGGCAGCAGCAGCAGCAGCAGCACAGACGCCUUCUCCAAUCCCAGCUACCAGCCGCUGGCCGUUGUUAACGAGAAGCAAGAGCGUAGAUAUUAAAUCUAUAUUACUUAAGAAUAGCACCGGGUGACACCGGGCAUGUAGAGCCUAACUAAUUAGGCAAAGUCGCCUACACAAUCAUCUCCUUACAGUGACAGCAUUUCGUAUAAAUCAUUAAGUUAUAAUACUACUUAAAGCUCUAUCUUUAUAUGAUCUACCCUAGUGUUUAGUUAAUUUUAAGUGAAAAUGUGUGUAAAUAUGUUUUACUCAUUUAGAAUGUGUAUAAUAAUAAAAACAAAAUCCGAUUAACUUAC